AUGAGCUUGGACCAGAACCUCUUCACGCUCAAUGUUUCCCCUAAUGCUAAGGACCCGAAUAUCGUCGAUCUCGUAGAUGGGUCAGGAACCGUGCAUUAUCGUAAAGAGAAGUUAUCUGGGACCGCAUAUACCGUUAGACUUCACGACCCUACUGCUGAUACUGUUCUUGCUACGGCCACCGCUCCCAGCGCGGUCAGCAAACAUAAAACUCUCCAGCUUCACAAUCCCGACGCUGUGAUUGAGCUGAAGUACACCGGGACGCUCUCAUUUAAAUGGACGUUCAAAUGGGAAGAACACGAAUUUGAAUGGAAACGAGAGGAGUGCUACAUCCUUCGCAAACCGGAUCCUGCCGUUCUGGUUGCGGUCACCAAAGAGCCAACAGGGCGGCUGAAAACGACGACUGUACAAAUCUUGGACUACAACUUGAAUCGGUUUGACAUCGAUGAUCGCAAAGGGCUCGAGAUUGUCAUUCUCACCGCGCUGCUCACUUUCCAUGACAUGAACGAAGCAUUACAUGCUCCACGUUCUGAUGAUGCUCCAGGAAAUGGUAUAGGGACAUCUACUGCAGCUCUUUCCGGCCUGCUUGGUAUAGGCCUGGGGAACAGAAAGGCCUCUUCGUCCUCAACCAACCUAAAUGUUGCUCCAGAAGGCGAUAGCCCUACCCCCGUAUUGCCUCCCCGACCACCUCCACGUACAGGUUCAGAACGCAUAUCCGAACUGCACAUGAUGCGCACGCUCCAGGGAGAGGGGGAGGCGAAUGAGGUGGAAGUCGGAGAGGAAGGAAGUAUCGAAGAGUUUUCUCGAUUUGCAUAUGGAUUAUUGAAGGACGACGCCAUGCUGUUCAUCACUGUCCGCUCUGCGUCACCAGCAGAGGUACCUAAGGUCCUGCGCGUCGUCGAGGAGACGAAACGACUCCGACACAAAUCUGGGGAGGACGAGUUGCAUCAGUAUGUUAUGUAUGAUACCAUGGCGAGGAAGGGCCCGCGGCGUAUCAAACUGGAUGAUCCACGUCCACAAGCGUAUGCGCCUCCGCAGAGUUUGGUUAUUCACCUUAGUAAAAUCGACAUACCGGAGCUGAAGCCUCGCGCAGAGGUGAAAGAUCCUCCGUCGGAGCUUGGAUGGACUGUGAAAAAGAAUGUAGGCGCUAUUGAAAACGGAGGUGCGACUGCGGGUAGCAGUGUAGGUAAUCAAGAGAAGAAGGGAAAGGGAAAGGAUAAAGAUGCGAGGGAGAGGGAGAAAGCGCAAAAGCGGGCAGAAAAAGAAGGGAGAGUGGCAGAAAAGGAUCACAAGCACGGAUCACCCCCCGUGAUAAUAUCUCGCACGCACCCCGACCACAACAAGUUUGGCCAACCAGCUCUGUCAGGCUCGCCACCCCAACACCGCCCAAAUUUUAGGCAACCGUCCCCCUCGCCCAUGGCAGCCCAGAUGCAUAGACAGGACGGCCACUCUGCACCACUAACAUUCUCCGUUCCGAAUUCCGGGCCAUAUCACGCUUCACCAUAUCCUUCGCCUGGCCGCACCAGUGCGCCAGGGGCUCCAGGAUAUCCUGCAGGAUAUGUGCCUCCACAUUCAACCCCGCCUCGACCGCCCGUAAAUUCGCGGGGGCGGUGGUAA